AUGCAUCAUGAAGGAGACGAAUAUGACAACAACACGACGGACCCCUUUAGAGAUGAUAAUGAUGACAUGGACGACGAUGAUGACCUAGAUGUAGACGUUGUUCAAGAUGGUGGACGUGGAUCCUGGUGGAGAGGCAUGGUCGGAAGAAGAAGCAGUGCAGACGAUGGUGAAUCUGACGAGGCAGACGAGGAUGAUGAUGAAUUCGGUGACUUUGCCAUGGCGGAAGAUGACAAGAGUGGUGGAACUUCGAACAAGGAACAGUUGGUACUGAGACCGCUAGCCGUCAAUCCCGCCAAGGAAAGCAGCAGAGGUCUCAGCGGUCUGUGGCCGUUUGGGUCCAGAAGCGAAAGCAACAAAGCCAAACGUGACGAAGAAGGACACGGCCUGAAAGAUGAAGUGGUAGUAUCUGCAGACGAGAAGAAGGGAGAGGAUUAUAGAGCCAUUGAGGUCAGGGAGGCAACGAGUCGGACUAGCAUUGAAGAACCGGAUGAGGAAGAAAUAGUAGUUGGGAAAUGA